AUGGGCUGCGGCGCCAGCAGGAAGGUGGUCCCGGAGCCGCCCGCGCUGGCCGAGGUCAAGCCAGAGCGGCAAAGUCACCGCAGCGCUGCAGGCGCCGGGCCCGGGCCCGAGGUGGCGGCCCAGGCGGCUCGGUGGAUGCAGGUGGCCUACUACCGAGCCAAGUUCGACCCUCGGGUCCUAGCCAGAUAUGAUAUCAAGGCCCUUAUUGGGACAGGAAGUUUCAGCAAAGUUCUCAGGGUAGAGCAGAAGAUCACCAAGAAGCCUUUUGCAAUAAAAGUGAUGGACAUCGGAGUGAGAGAAGGCAGAGAAGCAUGUGAAUCUGAGCUCAACGUCCUGAGGCGAGUUAGCCAUCAUUACAUUGUCCAGCUCACCGAAAUCUUUGCGAGCCAAGAUCGAGUUUACAUGGUGAUGGAGCUGGCUACAGGAGGGGAGCUCUUUGAUCGACUCAUUGCUCAGGGGUCCUUUACAGAGCGGGAUGCUGUCAGAAUCCUCCAGAUGGUCACUGAUGGGAUUAGAUAUUUGCACGCUUUGCGCAUAACUCAUAGGGACCUAAAACCUGAAAAUCUCUUGUACUAUCAUCCAGGGGCAGAGUCGAAGAUUUUAAUCACUGAUUUUGGUCUGGCAUACUCCGGGAACAAAAAUGGUGACUGGACAAUGAAGACUUUCUGCGGGACCCCAGAAUACAUUGCCCCUGAGAUUUUGCUAAGGAAACCUUAUACUAGUGCUGUGGACAUGUGGGCUCUUGGCGUAAUCACGUAUGUUUUACUCAGCGGAGUCUUGCCUUUUGAUGAUGAAAGCCAUGCAAGGCUUUACAGGAAGAUUCUGAAAGGCAAAUAUAAUUAUACUGGAGAGCCUUGGCCGAGUAUUUCCCACAUGGCAAAGGACUUUAUAGAUAAACUCUUGAUUUCAGAGGCUAGUCAUCGCAUGUCAGCUGGCCAGGCCCUGGACCAUCCCUGGGUGAUCACCAUGGCUGCAGAGUCUUCCAUGAAGAAUCUUCACAGGGCCAUUUCCCGGAACCUCAUGCGGAGGACACCUCCACAGUCUCAGAGUCCUGGAUCUACACAAUCUUCUAAGUCAGGUUAUUCCCACAGAUCAAGGCACAUGUGGGGCAAGAGAAACCUAAGGAUACCAGAAUCACCUCUGUCUGCACUUUUAUAA